UAUCUUCCAUGCUAGGAAUCCUAUACAACGCAUGUAUCAGACCAAUCGAAGAAAGUAUUCCCCUUGCUCUUUCUUUUCAGUGUUGUAUUAUUCGUGUAUAUAUUUUUCCACGUAUUCUUAAGUGUCAUAUUAUAGCAAUGAAUAUUCCAAAUGUAAAUAAAAUAAUAAAUAAAGAAAUUGAAAUUUUAUUAUUAAUCAAUUUUGUAAAAAAUGAUGUUUGUGAUUUACCUAUUUAUGUACAAGAUAUAUUAAAUGGAAAAUACGAAGAUGUAAUAAAUAAUAAGUUAUUUUCAAAUCUAAUUCAAGAAUACAACAAUUAUGAUUCUGAGAUAAUACAUAAAAAUAUAGAAAAAACAGGCUUAUAUGAUUCUUGGUUUUGCACUGGUAUAGCUUCUUUAUUAUAUUUUAUUCAAUACAAUUGGACAGGUCCACAAGUUAAAAAAAACAUUGAAUGGCAAAAUAUUAAAAAUGAAAAUAUAUUUAAAGAUUUAUCUUUAUAUGAUGAAUGCAAUGCAAAUGUUAAAAUGUUAGAUCUUCUUUAUCUUUCAAAGAUAAUAUUUUCUAAUGAAAUCUUACAAAAUAUUUAUAAAAGUUGUAUAUGGUGGUUAUUUAGAGCAAAUUUUUUAAAUCAGCUAAUAUUAAAUGAAAGUUCUGGUAUGAUAUUUGAUGAAACUGAACAAUUAAUUGAUAAAAUCAAUAAUUUGCAACUAUUGCAAGAAAAUAUUUAUUGUGAAACAUUAUUUUGUAUUGAAGCUGCGCAAUUUUAUUUUUAUUAUAGAAGAAUUCAUAAUUCAGAAAAAUAUAUUAACCUUGCUCAGGAAAGAGCAAAAUAGUUAAAUUUGCAAGGUGCAUUGGGAAAACGUACAAAAUAUCAGAAAGAAAAGGCACAAUUAUUUUUAAGAAUAAAUUUGGAAAAAAAAAUUCCUUUUAGAUGUUGUGAAAAUUUACCAAAAUCAUUGGAUUUAAACGAUGAAAUUAGAUUAGAACAUAUUGAAUUUUCAGAAAGUAUAGCAAAUACACAAAUAGGAGCUGUAGAAGAAACUAUAAUAUUAGCAAAAUAUAUUCAGUUGCAACUAUCACAACCAAAAGAUAAAUUAACGGAUGAAGAAAUAAUACCUUAUUUAACUGUUGUAAUAAAUAAUACAAAAAAUUGGUCUUUAAAAAUGGCAUCUUUUUAUAAUCGAUGUUCUUUGGAAUCUGGAGAUAAACGAACUGUUGAACGGUCAAUGAUGCAAAUGGAAUAUUUAAUACAUGAGUUAAAUAAAACAGAAGUUUCUGUUACAAAUAGAAUGGACUUAUUUUUUGCUAGUGGUCUUAAGCCAAUUUGGGUUUUAGAACAAAUGUAUGCACAAUUGAUGUUAAGUCUUGGAUUAGUAAAGGGAGCUUUAGAUGUUUUCUUAAAACUUAAACUUUGGAAAGAAGUUAUUGCUUGUUACAAUAUAAUAAAUCUGAAACAUAAAGCAGUAGAAAUUAUUCAUCAAGAAUUAUCUAAAAAGCCAUCGGUUCAAUUAUGGUGUUUGUUAGGUGAUGCAACUGAGGAUCCUAAUCAUUAUGAAACAGCAUGGAAAUUAUCCAACGAAAAAAGUAGCAUAGUUCAAAGACAUUGGGGAUUUUUUUAUUUUAAAAAACAAAAUUACAAAGAAGCUAUACCACAUUUAAAAUUAUCAGUUGAAUUAAAUAAUAUUCAAGAACAUGUAUGGAUAAGACUUGGAUUUGCUGCCUUAGAAACAGAAGAUUGGAAAUUAGCAGCAACAGCAUAUAAACAUUAUUGUGCUUUAGAACAAACGACAUUUGAAGCAUGGAAUAAUUUGGCAAAGGCUUACAUAAAAUUAGGUGAUAAAGCAAAAGCUUGGAAAUCUCUUCAAGAUGCUAUAAAAUGUAAUUAUGAUCAAUGGCAAGUUUGGGAUAAUUUAAUGAUAGUGAGCAUUGAUUUGCGACAUUUUUCAGAAGUAAUUCGAUGUUAUCAUCGUAUUUUAGAUUUGAAAAGUCACCAUUUAGAUGUUCAAGUUCUUGAUAUACUUACUAAUGCUGUAUUAAACAAUGUAAAUGAUUCAAAUGGAAUUUCUGCACAAAAAUUGCUUCCAAAAGUUUUAGAAUUAUUUGGAAGAAUUACUUCUUUUAUAUCUAAUAAUUCUGAUGUUUGGAGGAUGUAUGGACAACUUAUUAUUUUAAAAAAGACAGAUGUUGAUAAUGAAAAGGCAAUACAUUAUUUACAACAAGCAUAUCGUAUUGCUAUCUCAGAUUCAAAAUGGCUUUUACAAGAAGAAUCAAUGUCAUUUGCAGGAAAAGUUGUAUUAAUAACUGGAGCUAGUUCUGGCAUUGGAGCAGCAACUGCUAAACAUUUUUCACAACUUGAUGCACUAUUAUCAAUUACAGGUCGUAAUGUACAGAAAUUAAAUGAAAUAGCUGAUCAGUGUAAAUCUAAUAAACCAUUAAUUAUACCUGGAGAUUUGACUAAUGAAACUGAUGUUCAAAAUAUUAUUAAAUCAACUAUUAAACAUUAUGGUAAAUUAGAUAUUCUAAUUAAUAAUGCUGGUAUAUUAGAAAAUGGCAGCAUAGAAAACACUUCAUUAGAUCAAUAUGAUAGAAUUUUUAAUGUAAAUGUACGUUCUAUAUAUUAUUUAACAAUGUUGGCUGUUCCAUACAUAAUACAAACUAAAGGUAAUAUUGUGAAUGUAUCAAGUGUAGUUGGAUUAAGAUCCUUCCCAGGAGUUUUAUCAUAUUGUAUGAGUAAAUCAGCAAUUGAUCAAUUUACAAGAUGUGUGGCUGUUGAACUUGCACCAAAACAAGUAAGAGUUAAUGCUGUAAAUCCUGGUGUAAUAACAACAAAUCUUCAUAAAAAUAGUGGAAUGUCAGAUGAAGAACUAAAAAACUUUUAUGAGCAUUGUAAAAAUACUCAUGCUCUUGGCCGAUCAGGAGAUGUUAAUGAAGUUGCAAAAGCAAUUGCAUAUUUGGCAAGUGAUGAUGCUAGUUUUAUUACAGGUGUAACUUUAUCUAUUGAUGGAGGAAGACAUGUCAUGUGUCCGCGUUAAAUUGUAUUUUGUGCAAAAAAAUAAUUUUAUAUGCAUGUAAUUUUAAAUUUACUAAAACUUUCAAUACAUUUUUUCAUAUCUAUAAUGCAUUUAUCAAGUUAUAAAACUAAUAUUUUUUUAAAAAUGUAUACAUAAGAAAUACUAAUAGUAAAACAUUAAAUUAUAAGUUAAGAAAUAUAUAAAGAAAUAUUAUUUUUCAAUAAAUAAUAUCUUAAAAAUGGA